UGAAAAUGUAGCAAAAGAUGCGCUUAGAUCAUGACUGACGACAAUACGUGGUGGGAGCAGCACAAACAUAGGAGACAGACACAUGAAGGCCCAGACUCAGUUAACAAACUUCACUUUCCUAUGUUUGGUACCAGAAGCACCAUUUCUGAAUCCUGGUUCGGUUUAUUAUUUGGUAAUGGGAAGUGCAUUAGGAAAGGGAGAAUCACCCAAGAAGGCUUGGAUAGCAGAAACCAAGCUUGAGGCUAAAAUGGUUGAAGCAAUGCAGCGGAGGGAAUCACAAGGAAGUUCUGUGAGAUCAUUCAACACUAUAAUCUUGAAAUUCCCAAAAAUUGAUGAGAGCUUAAGAAAAUGCAAAGCCAUAUUUGAGCAGUUUGAUGAGGAUUCUAAUGGAGCUAUAGAUCAAGAAGAGUUGAAAAAGUGUUUCAGUAAGCUGGAAAUUUCUUUUACCGAGGAUGAGAUCAAUGAUCUUUUUGAAGCAUGUGAUAUCAAUGAGGAUAUGGGAAUGAAGUUCAGUGAGUUUAUUGUACUUCUCUGCCUUGUCUACCUUCUCAAGGAUGACCCAGCAGCCCUUCAUGCUAAAUCACGAAUUGGGAUGCCAAAUCUGGAGGCCACAUUUGAGACUUUGGUUGAUACAUUUGUAUUCUUAGACAAGAAUAAGGAUGGAUAUGUCAGCAAAAGUGAAAUGGUCGCAGCUAUUAAUGAAACUACAUCAGGGGAGCGUUCUUCUGGAAGAAUAGCCAUGAAAAGAUUUGAAGAGAUGGAUUGGGAUAAAAAUGGAAUGGUGAACUUUAAGGAGUUUCUUUUUGCAUUUACACGUUGGGUUGGAAUCGAUGACGUUGAGGAUGAGGAAAAUGCAGAGGUCUGAAUCAUGUCAUCUACAUAACUACCUCCGCUGUUAACAGCUGGUAGCAAAGUGUUUCAGCCCAAGCAAACAGACUUUCCCAGUUUUUUCACUUGCAAUAAAGGCCAAGUUGCUACACAAUGAAAUUUAAUGACAUUAUCAUUCCUGAAGUUCACUACGUGAAUAGUAAGUGUAGAACUAAGUGCCAUAUUGAAGAUAUAUUCAAAUUUACCUGUUAAAUGCUACCA